UAUAGUGUUUGGGGUUGAAACGUUGACGGCGGAGUAUGCCUGCCACACGCGUUUGUCACGGGUCAUGCCAAGCAAAUUCAAUUCUUUCUCUUUCUCAUACCACCAUCACCUUUUGCUGCCAUGAUUUCCCUCCCAGUCAUUUUGUCACUCUCUCUUCUUCCCUUCGUGGCUUCUCAGUCUUCCAAUGAUACCGCCCUUCAGAUUGCCGCCAUUAAAGCUCAUUUUACCCAGUCUGAAAUUGUACCCGACUUGUUGUCGUCUUUCGACCCCAGCGCCAUUCUUACCGUCAACUUUGAAGGCGUUGGAGACAUAACGCCCGGACAGGCUCUCAGCCAAGACCGUAAGUUGGCACCACUUCCUACUGUCACCGUCACCCCGGCGAACUCGUCGGUCACGCUCAGUGGCAAUUUCACGCUUGUCAUGGUCGACGCCGACAUCGUUGGAACCAAGAACGCCCAGGUCACUCGGCACUGGUUGGUCAACGGAGACACCAUUUCCAAUGACGCCGUUUCCAAUUCUUCUGCUACCUGCUAUUACUUCGUAUGCCGGACCAGCUCCGGCGGAAGGGAGUGGAGCCCACCGCCCUCGACCUUCACCUCCCCUGAUGGGUACACCGAAAACAUCGGUGUUUCUACCUUCGACUUGGCUUCAUACUUGUCUGAGAGCGGCAUGGGUUCCCUCAUUGCUGGAACGUACAUGACUGUCGAACAGGGAACCUCGACCGUUUCCGUCUCUGCAACAUCCUCCGUCGUCACCUCGACACUUUCUGUCGCUUCUUCAACUCGUGCUUCAAGCACUGGCACCUCUUCUGCCUCUGGAUCCGCUGCCUCCGCCUCUGCCAGCAGCACGAGCGGCAGCAACGGGGCUUUGAGCAACGGUGUUGGAAUGGUUGUUGCCGGUCUCGGCGGUUUGGCUCUAGCGCUACAAGUUAGUGAAUGACUUUGGUAUAUAAUUACACAAAACUAGUAUCAUUCUCUGAUUCAAAAAUGUGUAGAGCAUAGAGACUUAGAUAUCUGGUUAGCUCCCAUACCGCUCUCGUGCCUGUACCAAAUUUGAGCCAGCUGAACCGAAAAUGCCCUAAGCCACC